AUGGGGCAAGUCUCAGCCAGGAAAGAACCUCUCUUGGGGAACAUUCAGGACAUCAGUCAUCAGGUGUGGCUCUUUCAAGACCAGACUCUCAUCGCCGUCCCAAGGAAGCAUGGCGUCGUUCCAGUCAAUGUGACCUUAAUUGCAUGCAAUUAUCCGGAGACUCUUGAGAAAAACAAAGGCAAUCCCAUUUACCUGGGACUGGAAGAGCCACAGGUCUGCCUGUGCUGCAGAGAGCUAGAGGGCCAGCCCACCCUGCAAAUGAUGAAACAGAAUAUAUUGGAUUUAUACCAUCAGACGGAGCCUGUGAAACCCUUCCUCUUCUACCACAACCAGAAUGGCAGAACCUCCACUUUUGAGUCUGUGGCAUUUCCUGGCUGGUUCAUUGGUGUCUGCUCCAAAGGACACUGCCCCCUCAUUAUCACCCAAGAACUGGGGAGCAUCUACACCACUGAUUUUGUCUUAUCGCUACUGCAGUGA